UCCAAGACGUGUCUCCUGCAAAUGCGACGAGAUGAGAGCUAACGUUGGCUACCUCUUAAAAAUUCCAAAACUCGUUAUCUUUUCACGUAUUUAUUGAUCCAAGGAGUUGGUUCCAGUUGGGUAAUGUAAAGUGUAUUCUUGUAGAUAAGUCUUUAAGUGUGACAGGUACUGUAACUGCAGUAAAAUAUGGAUCAUUCCAUGCAAGCCAGGAAUGGAUUGAGCUGCGGAAGCUAGCAUUAGCCGGCUAGCUAUGGAGGGAGCUAGAGGAGCCUGUGACUUUGUAUGUUAGCUUUUAUUCAAUAACAUGAGCUAAUAUUAGUCAUUUAACGCCCAAAAAAUAUUAAGUUCACGCGUGUUGUUGUUAUUAAAGUGCACCAGUGCUAUGCUGCGCACACGCCCUGAAAAUGUCAGCUGUCCUGCACAUACUGCAGACACCCAGUUGGCUUUCAUUAAAUCCCAUUCAACUCUGAAGCAGAAUUCUUCACUUUGCUGCCAAAAAUACAGGCUAGAUUGGGUCCUAGUAAACUAAAUGCUUUAUCUGAAGAGUCAGUCAGCUUUAGAUUGGGGUUUCUUUCAUUGACUGCCACUUAGAGGAUUUAGAUUAAACCUAAGCUGCAGGAGUUGUAUGGGAAACAUUGCUGGCUGUAGCAGGACUGUUGUAGGUCAAAGAUGGGAGGUUCGGUGUCUUGCUGCAUCUCUCCUGGAGAGAGUCCCAAGAUCCACAGGAGGGAGCUGGAGCUGGAGGAAUGUCCCAUCACCACCACCGAGGACGUGAGCGAGGACACUGGCACCUACCUGCAGCACAUCAGCGACAGGGAGCUCCCGGACGAGCUGGCCCAAGAGUCAAACCCAUCAGACCACCCCAGAGCCAGCACCCUCUUCCUCAACAAGUCGCAGACAGACGUGCGUGAGAAGAGGAAAAGCAACUACUUGAAUCAUAUGUCCCCUGGACAGCUGACAAAGAAGUACAGUUCUUGCUCAACAAUAUUCAUCGAUGACAGCACCGUCAGCCAGCCCAACCUCAAGAGCACGAUCAAAUGUGUCGCAUUGGCCAUGUACUAUCACAUAAAGAACAGAGACUCCAACCGCACGCUGGACAUAUUCGAUGAGAAGAAGCACCCUCUGACGCGGGAUAAGGUUCCAGACGACUACUCCGUGGUGGACCCCGAACACAAACUCAUCUACCGCUUCAUACGAACGCUCUUCAGCUCGGCGCAGCUCACUGCUGAGUGCGCCAUUGUCACUCUGGUAUACCUGGAAAGGCUGUUGACGUACGCUGAGAUGGACAUCUGUCCCUGUAACUGGAAGCGGAUCGUUCUCGGCGCCAUCCUGCUGGCCUCCAAGGUCUGGGACGACCAGGCUGUGUGGAACGUCGACUACUGCCAGAUCCUCAAAGACAUCACAGUGGAGGACAUGAACGAGAUGGAGCGUCACUUCCUGGAGUUGCUCCAGUUCAACAUCAACGUCCCGGCCAGCGUCUACGCCAAGUAUUACUUCGACCUGCGCUCGCUGGCGGACGAAAACAAUCUCAGCUUCCCUCUAGAGCCGCUGAGCAACAAGCGGGCCCAAAAACUGGAGGCCAUCUCCAGGCUGUGCGAGGACAGGUACAAAGACCUGAGUAAAUCGUCUAUGAGGCGGUCUGUCAGUGUAGACAACAUGGUCGGAAUCAAGAGCUCCCACGCUGUUCUGUCUUAAGCCUCUGGAAGUGGAGCAACGAGCGGAAAGUCAAGAUGGAGGAUGUCAUUGCACAUUCAAGAGACAUUUCCAAAGUAUAUCACUAACUGAAAAGUGCCAUUACAAAACUUUUCGGAGCUUUAACAUAUCUCUAAAGUAUAACGAAUCAAGUCUGUGUUCAUCUCAAAGAACUUCAGCUAUCCACCUUCAAAGCAUGAUCAUUUCUCGAAAUAUGUUGUGGCGUUUCUUUCAGAAAUAGACUUUGAG